GUAUCUAAGUAGUUACUAACUAUUGUAAUAUCAUUAAUAAUACUAUACGAUAAUUCGCAAAAUGAUAUUUAACAUUUCAAUAUUGUAGUAGUUAAUAAUAUCUUAAAACCGUUUUUUGUUUCACUCGUUUGUGUUAAUUAUAGAUUUCCAUUUUUAUAGAUACGUUUAAUUGUAUUGUAGUGUAACAUUAUGAACGAUCAUCAUUCUAAGUUAGAAGACUUGGACAUUACUAAACAAGAAUUGGAAAACAUUGGCGAAGCGUUGAAAAAUGAGGAGUUUCGCAAGCUCCUGUGCGAAUAUGUCGAUGAAAUAAACGAUCCAAAUAACCGUGCUCGUUACGAACAAGAAAUCGCCCAGUAUGAAUUGGAACGAGGCGUACAGGUGACGUUCAUAAGACCGAUCGCCGGUUAUGUAUUGAAAACCAGCGUGAAUGGCACCCGUAAAGUGUUUGUCAACAUAUGUUUCUGUGAUGUUAUUCAAAAACCCUUUUCCCGUCAUAGUGCUGGAGGAGAACAUUGGUCUUUGCCUCACUGUCUGUCGCCUGUUAGGCAGGACUACGAUAAAUCACAAAAAUCGUGUGAUGUGUAUGAUGUGAUUUUUCAUCCAGAGGCUUUAGAAUUAACUAAAUGUGGAAAGAGGCUAAAAGAUUUAGUUGAAGACACGGCCCUCACGAUGAUAGAGAAAAAUUACAACCUAGUUCUGGACAAGACCAACCUAAAGUAUCCUAAAAUAGCGUUCAAAGGAAUCAUCAGACCGUUAAUAACUAGAAAAAAAACUAAAGACUUCAAAGAAACGCCCGAUGAGGAUAUCCUACCUGGAUGUCCAUACAAACCCCCCAAUGACCGACCAAUUCAGACACACGAUUUGGGCGUCCUUGAACAAACAUCGUUGUACACAGUUCCCAGGCAUAUAAUUAAAUAUCGAUCCGAUAUUGACAUUCAAGAGCACAGUUAUAAUAUGCAUUGUAAAAUGAACGCUGUUAUACCGAAAGAACUGAUUGUUGAAAUUAACCUGCCUCUUUUGGAUACUUCAGCGUUUGUCGAGCUAGACGUAUUGCCUAGGUCAUUAAAGUUAAUUUGUCAAAAGCCUUCAAAGUACAAACUAAAUAUCGAUUUGCCCUACACCAUUUUGGAAGACGAUGGUAACGCUACUUUUGAUAAAAGUGCUAAAAAACUUAUUGUACGUCUACCCGUCCUGAGAAAAGAACCUCAACUAGAAAAUUGUAAGGCACUUAUAAGCGAAGUAGCCAGUUCAAAAAAUAUUAAGUGUGAAAACAACAAUGAAGUAGCACUAGAUGGUAUUAGUGAAAUAACGUGCAAUGGUCAAAGUAUAAUAAGUAAUAAACAAGAUAAAAAAACAAAUGGUUUUGAAGAACAUAUAAAUGGCCACCAAGAAAAAAAAUGUAACGGCUCUGUUAAUAGUGAUGUAAAUUAUAUAGAUGAAGAAGAUGUCCAUUAUAUACUUCCAGAACAUGAAUUUAUUUUUGGCAAUAUCUCUAUUCUCAAACUAAAUGUAAGUAAUGUUGAUCCUUCGACUGUUAAAAUAAUUGUUGUUAGGGACGCAAAUAUGAUCUCCGGAAAAUUUCAUUCCAUGGGUUCUGGGUAUUUCCCAAUUUGGUAUGCUUUUUGCCUUAAAAUACCAUCCGAAUCAAGUUUUUCAAACUCUAAUGUUAAAAUAUUACCUUCGGAUGAAAACGUGAUAUUGGAAUUUAAUGUUAAACAUAAAUUUAACAGUAAAGAAUAUUGGUUUGGCCUCGACAAACAAAAAUUGACUGUUAGAAAUAUUAAAAUUGAUGUACUCAAAGAUAAUGUUAACAUGCUAGACAAUGGUGUAUUAUGUAAUACAACAGCUAACAACAAAAUUAAUGAUCAUUGCGUACAUGAAAAUGAUAAUGGUGAAAGUAAAAACGACGUGUUAAGAAGACAACAUAGCUUAAAGGAAAAUGAGCCGUUAAGUAACAAUUGUCAGUGUAAAGACAAAAACAGUAAAAACGGUAAGCAAAAUGAAAGACCUAAGAAGAAAAAAGGGAAAAAACUACAAAAAUCUAAUGCUAUACCAAUCGUUCAUACUGGAAGUUUACCGGAAGGUAGCAAAAGUAUCGAAUUUAAGCCAGGAUCGUUGCCAGUAGAAUUCAACAACAUAAAGCCAACUAUUCGUGGUAUUUUGAAAAAGAGUAGAAGCCUUUCAGAAUGUAGUAUUGCGGAAGACGUGGCAGAGUUUCCACAGAUGUUUAGUUCGUCAGUAGGUAAUGUAGACACAGAAAGUUCUGAGGUGUUGGAUUCCAGCUUCAAUGAUUCUAAUCAUAGAAAGUCGGUUCGGUUCAACGAUAACGUGAUAGAAAAAAAAUUUGAUCUGAACUUGAGCAUUGCAGCACAAUCAAAAAAACACCAAAGACGACAACAGCGCAAACGCAAUAUACGUGAGUACAACACACCGAGCGAGAGUGAAACUUCUGAGCCUGAAGACAAAGUUUAUGGACCACUCAACGAGAUAUCCGAAAGUGAAGAAACUAGUGUGUCCGAGAGUAGUGCUGGUGAAAUGUCCGACGAUAAUAGUAGUUCCGUUCCAUUGUCAAAAAUUACACCUUUAGCUGAUUCGAGAAAGGACCAUAAAAGACGCAAGAGCAAAUCCGCCAGAAAAAAUGCUUCGCUCGCCAAACAGGCAUCCACCAACAGUCUAAUAUUUCCGAUUGAAUAUUAGUUUUUGCAUUACCUACCUCAUUAAUAUUGUUCAAUUAUUAAAAAAUUAUUAUUCUUAAGUCUCGAGCGUUUUUUUGGUGCAUUAGUUUUUCAUUUUUAGAAAAUAUUUAUUUACAAACAUUUUGUUUUAAUUUAAAAUUAUUGUCAUUGUUUUCUUUUUGUCAUUAAGUGUUUAUAGUACAAGACACAAAU